AUGUUCUUCAUGCUCGGUCUCCUAUUGGACGACACGUUCAACCACGUGAUCAAGCACGCGCUCGAGAUGCCGCGUCCGCCGCACACGUGCGCGGCGCUCGAGGUGUGCGAUUCGCACGGCAUGCCGUCCGCGCAUUCGCAAUUCAUGUCGUUCUUCGCGACGUUCGCGACGUGGCUCGUGUUUUACAAAAUGGAUUACGAGGACGAGAGGUGGCGAUGGAUCACCGCCGUCCUCCCGUGGCCCUUCACCUUUCUCACCAUGGCCUCGCGGGUGUACCUCGGUUACCAUACGAUACCGCAGUCCCGUCCUCUUUUUCCCGGUUCCUCCCAUCCCUUCACAGUCUGUCUAAAACCACCUCUUCCAUUCACCCUUCAUUCACUUGCCCCCUCCCCCUUCAUGCCCCCCUCCACUCCCACUUCAUGCCCCUCUCCACUCCCCCUUCAUGCCCCCCUCCACUCCCACUUCAUGCCCCUCUCCACUCCCCCUUCAUGCCCCCCUCCACUCCCACUUCAUGCCCCCCUCCACUCCCCCUUCAUGCCCCCCUCCACUCCCCCUUCAUGCCCCCCUCCACUCCCCCUUCAUGCCCCCCUCCACUCCCCCUUCAUGCCCCCCUCCACUCCCCCUUCAUGCCCCCCUUCCGUUUUAUGCCCUCUUCCCUUCCUCAUCCCUCCCCCCACUCUUUCAUGCCCCCUACCCCCUCAUGCCCCGUCUUUUUUCAUGCCCCCUAACCACCCCCUCCCUCCCCUUUCUUUUCAUGCCCCUAUCAUCACCUCAUGUCACCCACCUCUUUCAUGCCCCUUAACCACCCCCUCCCUCUCCCCUCUCUCAUGCCCCCUACCCCCUCAUGCCCCCCCUUCUUGCAUGCCCCCUAACCACCCUCCCCCUCUUUCUUUUCAUGCCCCUCAUCACCCCAUGUCACCCACUUCCCUCUUGCCAGUCCUAGCAGGCUUCACCCUCGGAAUCCUCUUGGCCUCCACCUGGUUCUACGUGGUGCACCGUGUGCUCGCACCCUUCUUUGCUUCACCUUACCACUCUUCGUCCCUUCACUCACCAUUCACACCCGCCUUUCAGGUUCUAGCCGGCUUCACCCUGGGCAUUCUCUCAGCGUCCUUCUGGUUCUACGUGGUGCACCGUGUGUUUGCGCCCUUCUUCCCCACCAUCUCCGACAGCGUUCUAGCUGGCUUCACCCUCGGAAUCCUCUCGGCCUCCUUCUGGUUCUACGUGGUGCACCGUGUGUUUGCGCCCUUCUUCCCCGCCAUCUCCGACAGCGUGUGGGGGCGGUACCUGUGCAUCAAGGACGACUGCCAUAUCCGCAACGUGGCUGUCUUUGAGUACCUCAACUCGCAGCGAGCGAGGGAAGAGCAGCGCGCGCGAGAGAAAGCGCAGAAUGCAGAGCAGGAGAAAUUGCUGGAGAAAUCUCAGGAGAAAACGCAGGAGAAAGUGCAGCAGGGGAAGGAAGAGGAGGUGGAUGAGCAGCAGGGGGGCAAGCAGCAGCAGUCAGCAGAGGAGAGUGCACCUGAUCAAUCUGCCAAGACAGAAAACGCCACUGGCAAUUACAACCUUCUCGUCGAGGCACUCCUAGUGGAUGCGGCAGGCGGUCCGCCCGACUCGCUCGCAAUCGUGAAGGGCGCCGUGUGCGACACCGCCGCGACGAACGUCCUCGCGCUGCCGCUCGCCGCGGCGGACUGGCAGCAGCGCGCGGGGUGGUGGCUGCUGCACGCGGAGGCGCGCCUCGACGCGUUCCUCGAGAAUGCGGACGCCGCCACCCUCGACGCGCUGCUCGCGGUGCUCCCCAGCGCCUCGCUUCCGCGCAAGAACGGCGGAGGCGCCGGCGGAGGCAGCGCCGGGGGCGCGCGGAGCGGGAAGGGUGGGAGGCCCAUGGGGCGGGAGCUGGUGAUGCGCGCAUUCGGCCGCCCUGCCAGUCAGGGCGGACAGAAGAAGGGGGGGCAGCAGCAGCAAGGAGGGCAGCAGCAGCAGGGGGGAGCGCAGCAGCCGCCUGCAGGUGGUUUUUCAGGUGGAUUUGCAGGUGGUGAUGGCGGAGUGAACUGCACAGUGAGCGGGUAUGCUGUGCUGGCGGGCAGCAGCGCAGCAGGUGUGACGUGGGGCGGACAGCUUAUGGGUGGCAAAUUUCCUGAUGCUGCUACUGCUGGUUCUGCUGGUUCUGCUGCUGGUUCUGCUUGA